AUGUCCACUCCCCCACCAAAAUCAACUGGAGCAGCGAUUGGCAUUGAUUUCGGGACAACGAAGUGCAGUUCUGCUCACUAUCGCGAUGGCCGCAUUUCUCUGCAUCGAAAUGAACACCAAAAAACCGCCACACCUGUCUACCUCACAUUCGACUUACACGAUGAAAUCAAGCAUGGCGAAAUGGUCCGAAAUCACUUCGAACUUUCGGUCAAUCAAACACUCUUUGGAAUCAAGCGUCUCAUCCACCCAGGUGGCCCAUCGAUUAACAACUCCUUUGACCGAAAUGUGCAAAUGCGAAUGGGAAUGUGUGAAAUCAACGGGGUCGAGAAUGCUUCCCCUGUGAAAAUCUGCUCGCAUUUUAUCUCCUACUUGAAAUCCAACGCUGAAAAGGACCUCCGUGAGAAAGUAACAAGCGCCGUUAUUACAGUUCCCUUCGUAUUCACACACGAUGAACGUGAAACAAUAAAGGAGGCUGCUAAAUCAGCUGGGCUCGAAAACGUCUUACUUGUGCAUGAAACAACAGCUGCUGCACUGGCCUAUGCCACAGAUAAUCAAAUAAGCCAAGCAGACAACGUUUUGGUAGUUAGCUUCGGUGGCGGAUACAUGGAGGCCAAGUAUUUCAGCCACUUAUCCCAACAUUUCCUUGAGGCUUAUCGCAAUAUGGGAGAUCCAGACUGUUUUGGAGAAGAGCUCACACAACUAAUAAUCGAUCAUCUUAAUAAAAGAUGCCAUCAGCAGACAGGCUGUAACCUCUUGGCCAAACCGAAGAUGCAGCACCUGGUCAGGCUUGAGGCGGAACGCAUCAAGCGCAGCCUCACUACUUCGCCUUCGAUGCACUUCGAGUUUACAGAAGUGGGCCCCGGAAUUGACUUCAAGGGCGUCUUCACAACAGGGUACUUAAAUGCGCUUUCUGCAAAAAUGAUCUCAGGUGUUCGCGAAACACUAAAGGCUGCCUCCAUGGACUGGAAGUAUCAGGUGAAGGAAAUCGUGGUGACAGGUGGUUCUAGUCGACUGGGUUGUGUCAAAAAAUUACUGCGGGAAAUUUUUCCACGGGCUGCCCUCAGGGAAUCAAUCAACGCUGAGGAGGCAGCCGUCUAUGGGGCAGGCGUUCUGGCACAUUUCUGGAAAACUGGACAACUAGAAAUGGCGGAAUCUCAAGAGCAAACUCAGGUCAAUAUCGAAUCUAGUCAGACAACGACCACUUGCAGCAGUCAAAUAAACAACAGUGCACAUAAUCUCAACCUACAAACAGAAACGCAGUCACCUGACAACUCGACAGAAGGGAGAGAACCCAUGGAUUGCAGCGACGGCGCAGGUACCGAACGUAUCCCAGCCUCAAGUCACGAGCAGUUACAAAACAGCGGCCUAACUGACACCACACAACCCACCACUCAGGAACAAUCAUCCACGGCCACGGACGCGCCCACACUGACAGACACCUCUUUGACCACACCUCUUCAGACCCAUCCUGUUUACCAGCCUGGGAACCAAAUUGCAGAGCACAACCACAGCUCAACUAACCCCAACAUCGAGCCACGCCACUCCACCAUCUGA